ACGAAAGUGGGAAAGGAACUUCCGAAAGUGUGAAAAAGUUUUGGCACCAAAACAUAAUCAUCACCUCGUAAUCAAGGUCCAUCUUCAUCAUCUAGUAACAGUAUAGUAGCACUUGCCACAUAUAAGGGAAAAGGCACAACACGGCCACAGUUAAAUUAAUUAAAAGAAAGAAAACACGUUCUAACAGUUAGCACGCACACAUAGAGAGAAACAGCUGUUUGAGAUUGGCGCAUAGAUACGCAGGGUCGGUGAGUGAAGUCAGAAAGUGACCCCAUUUAGUUUCUUUGUGCAGCCGCGUUCGCUGAGUGCGUGUCCCCUUUCAUUUCAUUCUUAUCUGAUACCAAUGCCUUUUUGGAAAAUGCUGACCUGUGACCCUAUAUUCCUGAGUGUACCCUGCUAGUAUAUAUACCUCGCUUCUUCCCCUUGCUUUCUGAACCAAACAACAAAUAUUCAUGGCUUUCUUUAUUCUCUCCUUCCUCUUCCUUCUUCUUGUUUCAUCUGCCACUGCUUGUGAUCGCUGCUUGUAUCAAUCCAAGGCUUCCUAUUUCUCCAAAGCUUCUGCUCUUUCAUCUGGGGCAUGUGGGUAUGGCUCUUUGGCACUAGACAUAAGUGGUGGACACCUUGCAGCUGGUGUGGAUUCUCUCUUCAAAAAUGGAGCAGGUUGUGGUGCCUGCUUUCAGAUAAGAUGCAAGAACCCAACUCUAUGUAGCAAAGAAGGUACCAAAGUGGUAUUGACUGAUCUUAAUCACAACAAUCAAACUGAUUUUGUGCUAAGCAGCAGAGCCUUUGCGGGCAUGGCUCAAAAGGGUAUGGGCCAACAAAUACUGAAGCUUGGCAUUGCUGAAAUUGAAUACAAGAGAGUACCUUGUGAUUACAAAAAUCAGAAUUUGGCCGUUCGAGUUGAAGAAUCAAGCAAGAAGCCUGAUUACUUGGCAAUUAAAUUUUUGUAUCAAGGGGGACAAACAGAGAUAGUAGCCGUUGAUGUGGCUCAGGUUGGGUCUUCAAACUGGAGCUUCAUGAGCAGAAACCACGGGGCAGUAUGGGACACAAGCAGGGUACCCCAAGGCGCAUUGCAAUUUAGGUUAGUGGUAACGGCAGGGUAUGAUGGCAAGUGGAUUUGGGCAAAGAAGGUCCUACCUGCUGAUUGGAAAAAUGGACUUAUAUAUGAUUCUGGCCUUCAGAUUACUGACAUUGCACAAGAGGCUUGUUCCCCCUGCGAUGAUGGGACAUGAUUCUUUGCUGAAAAAUAACUCACAUAUACGCAUAGAUAGUAGGCAUCAAUUUUAUUAAUACUAUACUAUAGGCUCACAAUGCAACUUAUAAUAAUACUAAGGAAUCAUGGACUAGCUUAAUAAAUUUGAAAAGCAUUCUUAUUUGUAAACCACUCUCCACUUCGUUACUUUAUAUUCUUUCUCAUUGUAAGUUGUAACCAACCAAAAUAAUAUAUUCUUCCUUUUUGGAGUAUAUGAA